AGGCAACGUGGUGUAUGCCUGCUUCCUCCUCCUCGGCCUAGGGACGUUGCUCCCGUGGAACUUUUUCAUCACUGCAGAGACGUAUUGGCAGUACAAGUUCCGCAAUGCAUCUGUUCCCCAAAAUGCUUCCGAUGUUGAGAAGACGAGCUUGCAAGAAUUGUAUACGCCACUGCAAGUCUGUUUAUCUCAAGUGCCAAACUUCCUCUUCCUGUUCAUCAAUGCUUUAUUUAGUCACUUGAUAUCUCAGCGUGUGCGGCUCAUUACAUCACUGACAAUGAUGAUAAUCCUCUUCUCUUUGACCACCACCUUCACCCAGGUUUACACGGAUAGCUGGCAAGGGGGAUUUUUCGCCCUCACCAUGGUCAUUAUCAUCCUCAUUAAUAGUGCCGGAGCUAUUUUCCAAGGAGGUCUCUUUGGAGUUGCUGGCAUGUUCCCUGAGAAGUACAUGACUGCCGUCGUGUCUGGCCAGGCUCUUGGUGGAGUGUUUGCGUCAGGGGCUCGUAUAGUGUCACUAUCAGUAGGAGCAGCAGAUGCAACGUCUGCUUUUAUCUACUUCAUGAUUGCCGUGGGUGUAAUGGUCAUCACCCUUGGUGCUUUUCUCUACAUGUCCAAUACUGAUUUUUACAAACACUACACAAACUGCCAAAGACCAGAGAAGAAUGAAGUUCCAGAGAAGAGAUCUUUUGGCAGUGAUCUCCAGAUCUUCAAGGAAAUCUGGCCAAUUGGGGUGUCGGUGUGUGGUGUCUUCGCUGUGACUUUGGCUGCUUUCCCAGCACUUUGUGUUACAAUCCAGUCUACCUCAGAGAAUGAAAAAUGGGCAGAUGUAUAUUUCCAACCUGUUGUUACAUUCCUGCUUUUCAAUGUUGGUGAUUAUUUGGGGCGCCAGGGUGCUGGUAUGAUUAUGUGGCCACGACAAGGGUCGAAGAUUCUGUACCUCAUGACGUUCCUACGGCUGAUCUUCAUUCCCUUGUUCCUGUUUUGCAACAAGCCUGAUUCCAGCAUACCAAGUGUUUUCGCUCAUGAUUCCUGGUACAUCCUAUUCAUGCUGCUCUUCUCACUGUCCAAUGGAUACUGCUCAUCUCUCUGCAUGACAUAUGGGCCCAAGAUGGUCUCGGAAGAGAAUGCAGAGAAGGCCAGCAGCAUGAUGGCUGCCAUGCUCGGCCUGGGUCUCUUGACAGGUGGCUUGCUGUCCUUUGCUUUUAGACUCAUCGGAUAAAGGGGCAAGCAAUCCUUGCUCUGGCUUGAGGAAUGAACAAGUAAAUUAGAUACAUUUUUUUGACAAUUCCUUCCUGCAGUAUGGGUGAAGGAAGAAGUGUUCAGUAAGUUCCCCUUGAAUUGAUGUGUUCAUCAAGUUCCCCUGGAAUGAUGUGAAGGUUCUUGAUUGUUAAGGAAAGAACCCUAGUCUUUUAGAAGUAAAUUGGUCAUACCAUGUAUUCAACUUUGAAUAUGGGACUUGAAGUAAAAGUUUGAUGGCAUUUGUAACAGUGAACGUAAAUGUUUAUGAUGAUAGGUAGUUUUAACAGCUCUUUUGAUGAAUAUUGUUUAUGGUUAAAAUAAUUUUUUUCAAGAAAUGUGAAUGCUUUGCUUCUAGGAUUUUGGGUAUGAUUUUUUAUUAUUGUUAUUAUUUUAAUUAUUUUUUCUUUAUAGUUAGGUGUCUGUGUAUGUGUGUGCAUGUGUACAUGUUGUCGGGGAAUGAGUGAAUGAAUGAUUUGAUAAUACCUUGAAUAUUUAUUUAUAAUUGAAAGAAAAUGGAAUAAUUACAUACCACAGCAUUGGAUUAAAAAGGGUAAUUGCUCAUUCUAUGUAUUAACAGAUGAGCUAUUUUUUUGUGAAAUCGUACCCCGGUUCUAAUACCUGUUAUUGGUUUCCAAGCGAAAUAUGAUUUUAGAGAAAUUUGAUUUACCCCCUUACAAUGUUGAUUCUACUUAUCAUAGCUUUAGUGAUUUUGGAGAAUGGUUACCCCGGUAAUGAAACCAGUGACUGUAACAAGUGAGAAAGAUUUUGAUGUAAUUUUUAGGGGUAAAGAUGGUUGUAAAGGGUCAGAUCCUGGCAUUCACAUUGGAGGCGCUGGAUAUUCUUUUAAGCAGAUUACCUUGUGAGAUAGAUGGAUGGUGAUGGUAGUGAAUUUGCAAACUAAUUUAUCUUUUAUUUAUUAUGUAUGUUUUGCUGUACUUUAGCCAUGAAUUAAAGAUUAUAUCUAUUCUGAAAAAUCAAAGGUAGGAUUAUUUUUCUAAAGUAUUUAUUAAAGGACAUCCAUGAAGCCUUGCAAUGUACCUGUGUUCAUCUAACACACAUGUCAGUAUUUUAUAUUUUAUUUCAAGAGAUUAUAAGAUGGUAGAUUAAGAUUUUUAUUUUUGCAAUAAUUGUAAAUGCAUUAAUAUACUCAGCAGUGCAAGAAUAGAAGGAGCAUUUUCUGGAAAUUUAUCAGGUCCUUCACUUUUCAUUGUAGACAUAAUGACUAUAUACCUCUUGGCAGACAGAAAUGUGAUAGAAGAUUGGUACGUAACAGGAACAGUAUAUUUAUAAACUAUAUGUUUAUUCAUUUUGUAGCACAAGCAUAUUACAUUUAAUAAUAAGGAACUUCACCCAUAUGUUUACAAAGUUCAUUCGCACAAGUUCUUUUGUUUGCAAAAUUUUAAUGGUUAUGUCUCAAAUUACAAAUUCAAUUGUGUUAUUUUCUGAUUAUUCAUGUUUUUAUACCUGCAGUACUCAUUUAUAAAUACAAUGUUUUUUUUAAUUUUUUUAAUUUAAUGUAAUUUUAAUGUGUCCAUUCAGUUCAUGCCAAGUGUAUGAUGAUAUUUAUUUAGAAGACAGGAAAUGGUCUCGGGAGUUAUUUCUGCUAAAACAUAUUAAGGCUUUUACAAAUUUAGUUUAUUGUUGUGGUUUAAAGAUGUACAGUUUAGGAAACAAUGGUGACAGAACAUUUUAUUCAGUUUAUUUAUAAUGCAGGGAGUAUGUGCCUGGUACUUCUAAAUGAUCUUAUUUUCACAUUAUAUGAUGUAUGCUUCUUUUAUAAAUAGAAACAUUAUAAGCAAA